AUGGUGGACACAAAUCUGGAGCCCAGAACAAACCCGGAGACUGUUGAUGAGCACCUUCAUUCAUCAACUCUUGGAAAAGGUCAAAUACUGGAUCUUCCAAACGAGCUGCUCACAAAGAUUCUCGGCUUUCUUCCAGAGAACACUCGGCAAAAUUGUCGACUCAUCUCGAGCCGAUUUGAUGGAGUUUACAGAAGCUCGAAAGCACUUCGUUUCAAGAGAAUCUCUCAAGUGGAAUUCUAUGAAGAAAAACUUGUCGAGCCAGAAGUGAUAGCAGAACUCAUCACUCUGUUCAAAGAACGCUUACUGAGUUGUUUUCAACUUCAAAUCACGCUCAGCUCAUUUCAGGAUUGGAAUCUCGAUGAUCUUCUAGCGGUUGUACGUCCUUCAAAGCUUUACAUUAACUACCCACUCAACGAAGAGAAAGAGGAUGAUCCCGAGAUCGAGCAAAAGUGCAUUCUGCACCUUGAGAAUCAGCGCAAUUUGAAACGAGUUUGUCCCUUUUUAGUUGUAGUCAUUCACUCACUACUUCGACGCACUUCUCAAGCAAGAGUGAAUGAUCUACAAAAGGAUACGACUCUCAAUGCUAACCUGAUGUCUUCACGGGCGGUGCUCGCUCCCCGUCUUUCACGAAUUUCACUUUAUCUUCUCGAAACUCUCUUCUUGUUUGCUCCGAUUUAUGCUCAGAAUUGUCCAAAUUAUCCUGCCUAUUUAACCGUUGGUCCGAUAGAACAGUUUUUUCAUACGCCCGGCUAUCCGGAAGAAUAUCCGGAUAAUUAUGAUUGCUCGCUUUCGCUUAAUGCUGCCGAUUCUAAUGCAAGAAUUCAUGUCACCGUUUAUGAUAGCGAAUUUGAGGAUCGUUUAUUCUCCGAGUGUCCAGAUUACAUGUCAAUAAAAGAUGACUCACAAUCCUCAGAGGAAUUAGUGAAAUGGUGUGGAAAGGAGAAUCCGAUCAACGUGGCUGGAGGUGAUGAUUCUAUGUACAUCACAUUUCACUCCGAUGUUUCGAUAAAGAGAAGAGGCGUUAAUUUGUCUUUUAUAGAAUUCAAAGUGCCCGGCUGUCCACCAGGAUGGAGUCAACCAAAGAACCCGGAUAGUGCGAUACAAUGCUAUAAAAUUAUCGAUCUCACGAAUACACAAAAAGGAAAUCCGACUUGGCUCGAGGCACAAAGACUCUGCUCCUAUGAGAAAGGGGAUCUUUUCACAGCGGAUUCGGAUCAAGAAUUGGCUACUGUUGUUGGUCUACUUUCUCAUCGCAACCAAGUCCCGUGGGUUGGAUACCAUGAUGCGAAUGCGGAGGGAAAUUUUCAAAGCAUCGACGGAAAACAGAAAAAAUCUGUGGAAGUGAGAGAGAACGAGGCUGAACGAGACUGCGCUGUUCUUGACGCAAAUGGAGGGAAAGAUGGAGAAGAAAAGAUUCAUCUAGUCGCUCGAGACUGUCGAGAGCGUCAUCCAGCUUUGUGUAAACGGUUAUACUCUGGUGAUCAAGUUUCCCAUUCAAUUGAGAGAGAAAAGAUCCGAAAGGGUUACGCCUCGAAUUCUUCGGAUUGGACGAUUUGGGCAAUCUUCAUCCUAGCUCUCAUUCUAUUGCUACUAUUGAUUUAUUUCUUUUAUAAACAGCUCCGGAAACGAUGUUGUGGCCAGAAUCACGUGGGACCAAUUGAAGCAACCACAAAGCCAAUCAAUAGUUCAAAUAGCGUUGAAGUAAAGGGUGUGACAAGACCAGACGAUCAGUCAGCUUCAAGAAUGACCACCCCACAUCCAGGCACAUCUCAUGUUCCAUCACCAACAAUCAAACAACCGGAUUCAAAUCUGAUCAUUGUCAAAGAGAAAACCCCUUCCACUCUUCCACUACCGCCUUUAAUCGAUAGAGAGCUGCCUCAAGAAAGAGAACCCGAAAAGGCAAGAUUAGCCUCAUCUCCAUCGCCUAGAGAGGAAAAGGAGGAAAAGGCUCCUGACAAAGAAACACAUGUUAAAAUCAAUGAUGACUUGGAGAAGAAAGCGGAAGAGGCUCGAUUACAGCCACGAAAAGAUCUCCCACCAUUGCCAACAAGGGAAACGACGUAUUUGAGUCUGAAAGAACCGGAAAGAUCGUUUUUGAAGACGCACAGAGAUGGUGGCUUAUUUGAUCGUCCGAAGAUGAAAGUUCUCGACAAUGUCUCCGCUAUUUCAUUGGAUGAAUUUUGGAAUAACUCAAAA